AGCAAUUAAAUCCUGGCCAAGCAGCGUAACCACUCAUAUAUGCCCACAUAAUCGGAUAAAAAGAUACCAAAAAUCACAGCCUCCUACAUAACAAUAGCAUAUACCUCUUGAUUUUUUUCCAAGUUCAUGCUAUAUCCAUGCCUCUUCCCCCCUUUUCUCUCCUAUCCUCAACUACCAAAACUAAAGCCUCUCUCUGUUCUGUCUAGAAAAAUACCAACCUACACACAACAACACUGGAUAGCAAAGCCAUGUCAACCUGCCUGCAACACAUCUUUGAGAAUCCAUUGCCAGAAAAACCAACACUGAUUGAGACCCUCUCAUGGAACCAGCUCAAACAUGUCAAUUCCAUUAAGCACUCUUCCUCUUGCACUGAGAUAUUCGGUGAGCUCCAUUUCAAAGAAAACCCUCAACCUCAACCAUCCUCACCUUCACCUUCCUCUUCAGAUUCAUCUCCCCUUGUUUGUUCAUCAUCAUCAUUCUCAGAGAUCAUAGACUCUGCAAAUUUCAUCCAGAAUGAAGUUCCUGACUCAUCAUCAAACAUUGACCAACCCCCUCUUUCAUCCUUUUUUACAAGCAACACAGGUGCAACAAUAACAACAACCACCACCCAUGCCAAAGGUCACAAAAGUAGUGACAGCUUUUCAUCCUUGAGUUAUGAAAGUUUGCAUCUAUGCACUGAGGGCCUUGGAUUUGAAAGCUCAGAUGAUGUUGAGGACUCGAAGAACGGGACGAUGAAUGAAAGCUGGGAAACUCAGGAGGGUGAGAAAGAAGCUUCAAAAAACUAUUUUGCUUCAGAAAAUUCUCAUGGGGAAUGCAGGGGAAGGUCAAGGGUCAAUGGGGCGGAGUUCCCUCCUCCUAUUUCAAGCAUAGGGAGGAGGAGUGGGAAGCCUUGGGUUAGCUUCAGGUCUUACAGGAACAAUGGGAGGUUUGUGCUUGAAGAAAUAAGGGUGCCCAAACAGGAUUUUCUGCAUGCUCAUAGAGAAGAUGGGAGGUUGAAGCUACGGUUUGUUCAGCCUGAGGAAGAGUCAUUGGAAGAAGAGGAAAUGGAACAAGAAGAAGAAGAAGAUUGUGAUGGUGUCGAAAUUGCAGACGUGGGAGAAGAAAAUAUGGGAAAAGAAAGUGAUGAGAAUGCAACUGAUGAGAUGAUGAAGUGAAUGGAGAAAAGAGAGAUUGAUGCAUAAGUCACUUGGAAAAAAGUAAACAAAAAAUGGAAAUUUAUGUUUGUGAAAAAAUCAUCAUGACAUCCCAAAUCCGCGAUAUUCGGGAGAUAUAAUGAAUGAUGUGAUAGAAAAAGAUGAAUGAAAAUAAGAUAACAAAUAAUAGAGUAUGAAUGUAUCGAAAUACACGUUUAAAAAAAAAUGAAUGUAUCGAAAUAGUCUCUUUUUUUUCCCUUCCUAAUAAAGGCAUAUUGCUUACCAUCUUUGUUUGAG